CCCAGUCAACUGUGGCCGCUGUCAGUCAUUUUCGUUUCGUCGCUCGGCCGCGAAAGUCGCGCAAAAUUUUGCUCUCUGGUGAAAAAGUUUUCAAACAAAUUUUCAGUGCCGGAAAAAUGGAGCGUCCGAAGCGCGAGGAUUUCGACAAGAUUUGCCGGCUCUGCCUGAAGAGUGCCAGCCUGGUGAACAUCUUCGACCGGAACCCGAAAACGCAGCAGGAAUCGCUCAGCACGCUGGUCCGGGAAACGGUCGAAAUGCUCGGGCUGACGAUCGACCCGGACGAUAACUUCCCCCGUAAAAUGUGCCUACCGUGCAAAGACUCGUUGCGCUCGCUGUACAAAUUCAGAAACCAAUGCCAAGAGGCGAACGAUCUGAUACUGGAAGUUCUCUCUAGCUUUGAACUAACUGUAGCACAGGAAGCCCCUAGCAAAUUGACAGUUUCAGUUCCAGAGCUUCAACCUAAACUAUCCGAAGAAUUUAUCUCCGUCAAAGCUACAAGCACCCUCAUAAAGGAAGACAUUCCCGCUAUCGAUGAUCACGAUGAACCGGUUGAACUCUCGGAGCAAAUGGUUCUGGAGGCCGACUCGAGCAGCGCGCUCAACGUGUCGAUUGUGAAGAGCGAAGCGCCGAGUACGGUGACGGUGAGCGAAGAGUACGAAUACCUGGAGCAGGAAAGCGAACCAGACGACGGGGAGCGCGAUGGUAAGGUGGAAGAGAUGGAAGCGAACGCUGGGCAGGAUGUGUACACGAUCGAAAUGCAAGCCGACGAGGCGGAGGAAGAGCGGGAAGACGGUGGCGGGGAUGUUCAGAAUUUUGAGGUCUAUCUAGAGGAGAAUUCUGGUUCCGAUGAGGAGGAAGAAGCGAAAAGUGAAGAUCAGUCUGAACAGCUGCAGGUGGCAACGGUCAAACGCGGGAGCGUAAAGGGUCAGCUGUGCACGAUUUGUAACAAAUAUUCGACCUGCCUGAAGUAUCACAUGAUGUAUCACACCGGAGAGCGACCGUACUCGUGUCCGCAUUGCGAGAAGUCCUUCCGGACCUCCACAAAGCUGAAAAUUCACGUCGACGGGGUACAUCUCAAGCUGAGGAAGUUCACCUGCGAGGUGUGCAAUAAAAAGUUUCUGGACGCGGGAAAUCUCAAAAGUCACAUGGCUACGCAUGCCGAAACGAGGAAGUAUGUCUGCGACUACGAAAACUGUGGGAAGGCGUUCGCUCUGCCGGGAACGUUACGAGUUCACAAGCUGACGCACACCCAGGACAAGCAGUUCGAGUGCAGUUUCUGUCAUAAGUCGUUCUUGUACAAGUGGUUGUUGGUGAAGCAUGAGCGAUCGCAUACCGGCGAGAAGCCGUACGAGUGCGAGGUGUGUCACAAGCGGUUCUCGACCUCGACCCAUGCGAAAACGCACCAGAAAAUUCACGAUCCGUUCCGCGAGAAACCGGCUAAGGCUCCGAGGAAGAAGAAGCGGCAAGCCGGGGAAGAGUCCGACGAUGCGGUGGAAGUUGUGAUCGACCCGUCCGGCCCAUAUCCGAGGAAAAUUUGCCAAGUCUGCAAGGAUUUCCUGCGCGCGCUGCACAAGUUUCGCCAGCAAGCCCAGGAAGCGAACGAUUUGGUGAUGGAAGCAUGCCCGGGGGCCGUCCAGGAUAUGCAGCUGGCGCUGCCUGCUCCAGCACGCUCACCGCCCUUGGUUCUUCCACGGCCCCAGAUUCCAUCUCCGAGCGCUGCUGUUGUCGUGAAAAAUGAACGCAAAAAUGUGUCCCAAAAGUCGCCUUCUCCAAGAGCUACAAGGCGCACAAGUCAGGACAAACCGUACAAGUUGGCGCGUGCCGUUCAACCAGUGAGAAAAACCUAUUCCUGCCAUUUGUGCGAUUUCAAAGGGUUCUCACCGAAAGCUCUGUCAACCCACCUGAGCAAGGAACAUCCAAGUCGGUACACGUGCGACAUAUGCGGCCAGCAGUUCAUGCAUGGAUCAGGCCUGUUGAUGCACAAGUAUGAAGCGCACGAUAUUCGUAUCGAGCUGACGGAUCCGUACCCGAAAAAGGUGUGUCGCGAGUGCAAGGGCAUUUUGCGAACGAUUCACAAAUUUCGACAAAACGUCCAGCAGGCAAACGAUAUGCUUUUGGAGGUUUUCUCCGAACCUGAUGAUGCCGAAAGUGACCACGAGAUGGAGCAGUCGUCAACUGGCUCGACCAAGGCUUCGUCGGAGUCGUCGUUGGCACCGAUCCCACCAGUCCCAAAUCUUGAACUUCCACCACUGCCUUUUAGUCCUGAACUUCCACGGCCUCCAAGUCUUAAACUUUCACUACUACAUUCAAGUCCUGAACUUCCACCGCCUCCAAGUCUUCAACUUCCACCACUACCUUCAAGUCCUAAACUUCCACCGCCUCCAAGACGUGAAAAAAUGAUCAAUCUAAACUAUGCCAAGAAAAGUGGAACCCCCCUACACGUGAUCGUUGCAAAGAAGCUGUCAGCGCAAAAUCGCGAAAAUCGACCCGAAGGCCAGAACCAGGACCAGUUCGACUGUAAAAUAUGCAAGAAAAAUUUCUUGCGUCUUGCCAACCUCAAGCAGCACAUGCGCACUCACGAAACUGAGCAAAAACCACCUUCGGCUGUUAUGGAAAACUCCGGCUGCCUGGACCUAGAGACGCUGGAGGACAACAACGGAGAAUGCAAGCAGGACCGGCUGCGGAUCCGCCACUACAUGGACCACUUUGAGCGGUUGUGUCGGCUUUGCUUGGCCACGGAACGGCUCGUAAACGUCUACUCGAUUGUUCAGGGACGGAACGUUUUCUACGUGCGGAACUUCGUCAAGGAGGGCUUCCGGCUGCUGGAGCAGAAGAUUGACAAAAAAGAUCGUCUGCCAAAUUUUAUCUGCGAAAAGUGUGAACGAAACUUGAACAUUUUGUACAAUUUUAAGAAAAAGUGUGACGCCUCCAGGCGGGUUCUGGAGAAGGUUCGCGACAAGACGAUCGUGCCGGAUGAUUUGCGGGAAGUGGAGCUGCUAGGGUCAGCUCCAACAACUGCAGCAACGAAUGAGCAGAGCAUUUCUGGCCGACUGAGAAAGUCAAAGAAAUUGCACCAGCUGCAGAACAGUGGAGAGGUUCUAAAAAAGCUCCCCCAAACCAUCAGCGUUGAAAAGGUUGACGAAACCGUUAAGCAUGAAACAUCACCUCCAACACCAGCGGAAGUUACUGCCACUUCCGCUGAGACAAUCGCUUCCCCGCUCAAAAUCGAACCGGAAGAGAUCAAAGAGGAAGUUGUCGGCAGUGUUCAGGUAAUAUUCCCAGGUGAUGAUUCCGAGCAGGUGGCCUUAGUCCCGGAAGAGGCAGCCGACGAUGCGAGCGAGCCCGAACACGAGUCGGAGGAAUAUCUGGAGGAGAAUGAAGACCAGUCCGACAGCGAUUACCAACCGGACGAUCCUGCGGAAGAGGGUCAGCCUAGGAAGAGCGGUAGAAGGGGAAGAAGAGCCAAGUCGUCCGGUUCGCCAAGGUGUGACAAAAAGUCCAAGGAGAAGACGGUUUGCGCCAUCUGCGGGGCGCUGGUCAACAACGUCAAGUGCCAUAUGGUCAUCCACGAGGAGGUGCGGCCGCAUCAGUGCGAGCACUGCCCGAAGAACUUCACCUCGAGGAAUAAGUUGCAAUCACACAUCAACAGUGUCCACCUAAAGAAGCGCGACUUCAAGUGCGAAAUAUGUGGGAAGGCGUUCCUCGAAAAGAACAACCUCAAGGGCCAUCUUCGGAUCCACAACGGCGACCGCAAGUACCAGUGUGACCUUUGUCCGAAAAGCUUCCUCUUUGCAGGAACGCUCCGCUGUCACAAGCUGACCCACACCCAGGACAAGCAGCACGAGUGCCACGUCUGUGGCAAGCGGUUCCUCAUGCGGACCACCCUGAACAAACACCUGUACGUGCACAGUAACGAACGGCCCCACAAAUGUGAACUGUGCGAGAAGGCGUUCCGGACUUCGACGCACAAAAUCAUCCACAUGCGAACGCACACCGGAGAGAAACCGCUGCAGUGCCGGAUCUGCCUGACCGGGUUUGCCCACCACAAGGCGCGAAGUGUCCACAUGAAGACCAAGCACGCCGAAGAGCUGCUGGCGUUGGACUUGCUGGACGAGAAGGGACAUCUCAAGUUUUGAGAGCAUGGCAGUUUAGGAGGUAAGGUUAGAAUGUGGUGUUUUAAACUGUCUUAGUUUGUGUUCAGUUGAUUUUACAUAAAAGUUGAGUGUAAGUGA